AACCCCCCAAUACGAUCCGUCUUGAUUUCAUAAUGGGUUGACUUUUGAAACGAUUGCCAAGGGCUCCUAUAUAAUCAUCCCACGGUCGGCAAUCGGUAUCCAAGGGCGGAGGAAGUCCGACAUGCUUGAUCCCCCACCCCCACGUCCAGCGGAGAAUGGGGGGUAAUGGUCCCAUGAAGCUCUUUUACAUUAUUGAAAUUCUCGCUUACAGCUGAUCGAUCAUUUCUAUCUACUCCUGUCCGCUCUCAUUUUGUCUUCCAGCGAGGCCGCAUCUUCGUUUAAUCAUUGAGGAAGCGAGCAGUUCCUUAUACCAAACUCUCCCCGCUAUUUCCUGCUGAAGUCGACAUCAUGGUCAAGAUCAAGAGCAUCGAAUAUUUCCGUGUCCUUCCCAGAUGGCUGUUUGUCAAGAUUGUCGACGAAGAGGGCCAGUAUGGCUGGGGUGAGAGUACGCUUGAAGGUCAUACUGAAGCUGUGGAAGGGACGCUUAAUGCGUUGUGCAAGAGAUUCCAGGGCUAUGAAGCAGACGAUAUUGAGCACAUCUGGCAAAUGGCCUGGCGACUUGGAUUCUACCGCGGAGGGCCGGUCUUCAUGUCCGCCAUCUCCGGCAUUGACAUUGCACUCUGGGAUCUCAAGGGCCGCCGGCUCGGCGUCCCCGUUCAUCAGCUCCUUGGAGGCAAAGUCAGGAACAAGCUCUCCGUCUACGCCUGGAUCGGCGGAGACCGUCCAGGCGACGUCGAAGCCGCGGGCAAAGCACGACUAGCGCAAGGAUUCAAAGCGAUCAAGAUGAACGCUACAGAAGACAUCAACUGGCUGGACUCGCCCAGCGUGCUCGACUCAUGCGUCGAGCGCCUCAAGGCCGUCAAGGCACUCGGCCUCGACGCCGCCCUCGACUUCCACGGCCGACUGCACAAGCCCAUGGCGAAACAGCUCGCCAAGGCCCUCGAACCUCACCGGCCGUUGUUCCUCGAGGAACCCCUCCUCUCCGAGCACCCGGAGGGCAUCAAGCAGCUCGCGGAUCAGGUCUCGUGCCCCAUCGCGCUAGGCGAGCGGCUCUACAACCGUUGGGACGUGAAGCGGUUCCUCGAGGACGCGAGCGUCGACAUCCUCCAGCCGGAUAUCAGCCAUUGCGGUGGGAUUUCGGAGCUGCGGCGCAUUGCUUCCAUGGCAGAGACGUAUGAUGUUGCCAUUGCGCCUCAUUGUCCUCUGGGUCCGAUUGCCUUGGCGGCAUGUAUGCAGGUUGAUCUCGCUACGCCCAACUUUGUCAUCCAGGAGAUGAGCCUGGGAAUCCACUACAACACGGAGGCGGGCGAGUAUGACAUCACAAGCUAUGUGAAGGAUCCUAGUGUCUUCGAGGUUAAGGAUGGUUAUGUCGAUGCCCUGACUGCUCCGGGGCUGGGCAUUGAGGUCGACGAGGAGGUUGUUCGGCAAGUCGCGCUGAAGUCGGAACCCUGGCUGUGCAAGGAGUUCUUCGGUCCUGAUGGCGGUAUUCGUGAAUGGUAAUCGGAGGGCCUUGGGUGCACGCAUUGGUUGAAUAUGCGGUUCAUCUGCCUUGUUUUGAAUAGCGGUACAUUGAAUUAUAGACUAACGAAAAUGAGAAAUACAUGAUAUGAGCCGAUGCGAGCGAGA